CGUGACCAGCAAACCCGCACAUUCCAAGAUGGCCAUUGCUCUGCGCACUCCCGCUGUGGCCUCCCCCGCUGCGCGCGUUGCUGCGCCGCGCCGGGCUGUACGCAUUGUCUGCCAGGCGCAGAAGAACGAUGCCGCUGUUCAAGUUGGCACUGUUCUGGCAGCCACCACCCUGGCUGCAGCGAUGAGCCUUGCCUCGCCGUCCGCUGCGCUUGCGGACAUCGCGGGCCUGACCCCCUGCUCGGAGAGCAAGGCUUACGCUAAGCUGGAGAAGAAGGAGAUCAAGACUCUUGAGAAGCGUCUGAAGCAGUACGAGGCCGACAGCGCUCCUGCUUUGGCUCUGAAGGCUACCAUUGAGCGCACAAAGAACCGGUUCGCUAACUACGCGAAGGCCGGUCUGCUGUGCGGCAACGAUGGCCUUCCUCAUCUGAUUUCCGACCCUGGCCUGGCACUGAAGUAUGGCCAUGCUGGCGAGGUCUUCAUCCCCACCUUCGGCUUCUUGUACGUUGCCGGUUACAUUGGCUACGUCGGCCGUCAGUACCUGAUCGCCGCCCGGUCGGCCGCUAAGCCCACUGAUAAGGAGAUCAUCAUUGAUGUGCCGCUGGCUGUGCGCCUGGCCUGGCAGGGUGCGGGCUGGCCGCUGGCUGCCGUCCGGAGCUGCGUGCUGGCACCCUCACCGAGAAGGAGGAGAACAUUACCGUCAGCCCGCGGUAAAUGUCUACAAUGGCAUCAGUUUUGUUUAGAAAUGGCGCCAUCGUUCUUGAAGACUUCGUUUCCCGGUGGACGUAGUGCACAUACCUUCUGACAUGCAAGAAUUCUUGCGUUGAUCGGUCUAGCUGUUGACAUCCAGCCUGUAGGUGACAGAUCCAGGUGGAGUGUUGCAUGGGUUACGUGGUAGGCUAGGAGUGCGGCUGUUUUAACAGUUGGGCAGUCCACAUACGCACCGUCGUACGUGGAUUUGACUGAUACCA